AGAGCACAGAUGUGACACAGAAGGUAGAUGAGUGGAAGGAGCCCCCUGGGAGGGGAUGGGGUUCCCGAUUUGUCCCUAUUGCUUGUCCUGUUCCCAGGCAUUCCCUGUCCCAGUCCGUAUCCCAUUCUUAUUCCCAGUCAUUCCCAAUCCUAUUCCCAGUCAUUCCCAGGCAUGUGACUGGAAGCAGACAUGGAAGGGGGUGAGGGUCACAAUAUUGCUCCUUUCCCAGUCCUGUUCCCAUUCUGAAACCCAGUUCCAGUCCCAUUCCCAAUCCUGUUCCUAAUACAAGUCCCGCUUCCAGCCCUGUUCCAACAGCUAGUCCCAUUCCCAAUCCCAUUCUCAGUCCCGUUCGCGUUUCCAGUCCUGUUCCCAUUCUGAGUCCCCUUCCCAAUCUUAUACUCGGAACAGGACUGGGAGUGGCACUGGGGUUGGGAAUGAGAGUGUGUGACUGGAAGGAGCCGCAGGAGCUGCGGGACCUGCUGGAUCUGGAGCUGCGGAGCGACGGGGAGGGGCGGGAGCGGCUCCUGCAGCGCUGCCGGGAUGUGCUGCGCUUCAGCGUCCGCACCGGUCACCCCCGGUUCUUCAACCAGCUUUUCUCGGGGCUGGACCACCACGCCCUCGCUGGCCGGUUCCUCACUGAAACCCUCAACACGAGCCCGUACACAUACGAAGUGGCCCCAGUGCUGGUGCUGAUGGAGGAGCAGGUCCUGGCCAAGCUCCGGGAGCUCGUGGGGUGGAGCAGCGGCGAUGGCAUCUUCGCUCCCGGGGGCUCUAUGUCCAACAUGUUGGCCAUGAACGUGGCGCGAUUCCGGCGUUUCCCGGAGAGCCGCAGCAGAGGGAACUGGGACCUGCCUCGCCUGGGCCUGUUUGCAUCCCAGGAGAGCCAUUACUCCAUCCUAAAAGGAGCUGCUCUCCUGGGAAUUGGCACGGACAAUGUUCACCUGGUGCGGACAGAUGAGAGGGGGAAGAUGAUCCCGGAAGAACUGGAGAAGGAGAUCCAGAGGGUGAAAGCUGAGGGCUCGGAGCCCCUCUUUGUGUGUGCCACGAGUGGCACCACUGUCCUGGGCGCCUUCGACCCGCUGGACGCCAUCGCCGACGUCUGUGCCCGCCACGGGCUGUGGCUGCAUGUGGAUGCAGCAUGGGGGGGCAGCGCCCUCCUGUCCCCCCGACUGCGUCAUCUCCUUGCCGGCAUCCACAGAGCUGACUCAGUGACCUGGAACCCCCACAAGCUGUUGAUGGUGGGGUUGCAGUGCUCAGCAUUCCUGCUCCGUGACAGCUCCGGCCUCCUGCAGCGCUGCCAUGGCGUGGGGGCCUCAUACCUGUUCCAGCGGGACAAGUUCUACGACGUGUCCCUGGACACAGGGGACAAGAGCCCUCAGUGCGGCCGCCGCGCCGACGGCCUCAAGCUCUGGAUCCUCUGGAAAGCCGUGGGGACCCAGGGGCUGGCACAGCGUGUGGAGCGGGCGUUCGGUGCCUCUCGGUAUCUGUUGGAGCAGGUGAAGAAGAGGGAGGGAUUCCAGCUGGUGAUGGAGCCAGAAUUUAUCAACCUCUGCUUCUGGUUCAUCCCACCCAGCCUGCGGGGCCAGGAGAACUCCCCGCAAUUCUGGGACAAACUGGGAAAGGUGGCCCCAGCCAUCAAGGAAAAGAUGAUCCGGAGGGGCUCCAUGAUGGUGGGAUACCAACCCCAAGGAUCCCACGUCAACUUCUUCCGGCAGAUUAUCACCAAUCCUGCUGUCACCCGCCAGGACCUGGACUUCUUCCUGGAUGAGAUACAGGAAUUGGGAUGGGAUCUGUGAGCAGUCCCAAAAACCUCAGUGAAAGACCCCAAAACCUUCCCCCCAUCCUGGAGGUA